AUGCCUCACGCCGCCCCUUCUCGUUACGCUCCUACCGCGACCUCAGACCUCGAAGCUGGCUCCGUCCUCAAACUGGGCGAAUUCCAAAACGAAGUCACGCUCAACCUCUCUGAAGCACGCAUCAUCCUGCAAAAGACGCUCGCCACCCGCGCUGCCCGCGGUGGAGCCUACGAAGAGACGGAAACCACUGCCAAAACGCGCGAUUACCUUGAGAUCUUCGCCGUGUUCAAGGAUCUCGCAGAGGCACAGCAGGUUGAGGGCAUCAUUACUUCGUACGGGGAGAAUUUGGAGCGCUUUGAGAAGUCUCAGUUGGGCAGUUUGGUGCCGACAUGCUCGGAUGAGGCGAAGGCAUUGAUUCCGAGUUUAGAGAAGAAGGUAGAAGAUGGGAUCGUGACGGAAGAUGAGUUGGAGGGGAUUUGCAGGGAGUUACAGCGGUUGAAGAGGCAGGCCCAGCUGUGA